UGGUGUUUAUAUAUUAAUAAAUGGCACGUUCGGUGAAGAUGCGGUAAUUAUGGCGCAUCGGGUGUUCCUCGGAUCGGGAAAGCACUUUGUAAACAAAACUGUGGACGUUGUUCAGCGGUUCAAUUAUUUGCUGGUAUUGGAUUUCGAAGCAACCUGCGUGAGAAGUGGAAAAAUAGAGCCGCAAGAGAUCAUUGAGUUUCCUUGCAUGACCCUGUCGACGCAGGACUGGAAAGUGAAGGAUGUCUUCCAUGAGUAUGUUAAACCGAGGGUGCAUCCACUGCUUAGUUCCUUUUGUAUGGAUUUAACAGGAAUCGUGCAAGAGAAAGUGGAUGGCGGGGCUUCCUUUCCAGAGACUAUGUCAAAGUUUUCUAACUGGUUAUCAAAUGGUGGUUACUUUCGAGGUGAUUGUAAAAGUGCUUUUGUAACAUGCGGAGAUUGGGAUUUAAAAGUCAUGCUUCCGAGUCAGUGCGCCCUGGAAAGGUUAGAAGUGCCGGACUGCUUUGAGACAUGGAUCGAUUUAAAGAAAAUAUUUGCUGAUACGAUGCAUCACUAUCCAAGGAGUAUGAUGGAUAUGUUGACUCGGCUAGAAAUUAAGCAUACGGGAAAAUUACAUUCAGGUAUUGAUGAUACUCAGAAUAUGGUUAAAAUAAUUGAACAUUUAGCAGUUUUACAUAAUGCAAAUUUUGUACUCACUUCAUCGAUCAGACAUUUACAUAGGAUAUACAAAUGAAAU